UCACAGUUUGUUUCAGACACUUUAGUUGUUUCAAAGCUGUAAAAGGUCAAACGUUCACUCUGAACACCUGGAAAAUUCAUUAAUAUGAAGCUUUAGCUGCAGUCAGACAUCCUGUGGUCGUCAGCUUUACAUGAUGCUUUCUCUGCAGUAGAAACGAUAGACUCAGAAUAAAGUCGUGUUCAGAUGUAGGUGUGUUUGCCUGCUGGUGCUCUGAGCUCUGAAUGUGUGUUGGCUUGUCAUGUUUACUGAUUGUUUUCUGGAGACAAAGGGCUGUUCGCUGACCCACAUUACAUGAACACUGGUUAACCAGUAAAUGCCAGGACUCAGUUGUGGUUGUGGGAGAAGGCCGGAGUUUGUCUCCAGCUAAUAAUGUAUGUGUUUCCAGCUGUGGUGUGUCUGUGUGAUGGCGUUAAGUUUGGCCAGCUCUGCAAUGGAAACCCUACCAACAGCAGGAGGACGAGUGACCGCUGGGGACAGGGACACUACGGAGCCAGACGAGGAAACAGGGAGCACAAAGGUCUGGACAUCAAGUGCAGUGAUGGAUCUGCCGUCUAUGCACCGUUUGACGUAACUCUCAAUGGAAGGGCCAUCCCCUACGGCGACCCCAACAAGGCUGCCAUCGACAACGGCAUCAACCUGAGAGGAAAGGGUCUGUGCUUCAAGUUGUUCUAUGUGAGUCCAGACCGAACCUCCGGGUCAGUGAGGAAGGGGCAGAGGAUCGGCACCAUGCUGCCCAUGCAGAGCGUUUACCCAGGGAUCACCUCACACGUCCACGUCCAGAUGUGCGACAGGAGCAACCCCACCCGGUACUUCUGAUCGCCUCACAGGACAUCCACAUUUCC